CACUUUAUAUACGCGUCUGAUUCGAAAGUUAGGCCACGAGCAAUACGAGCACAUUGAUACGAGGGUAGCUAUGCAGUAAUGUUAAUAUUAUAGUUAUAUACCUGUAGGCUGUAUUGAGUUGUACUGUAGUGUGGGUGCAGCUGCUUUGUGUAGUGUAUAUUCAUACUACUACGACAUUGAAUCAUAACCAGUAAGCAUAUUUAUCAGAAAGCAUGGCAGAUGAAGAGUAUGAGCCUGAUGAUAUUGGUGGUGAUGAUUUUGAAGAUGUAGAAGAAGAAGAAAAUUUAGAUGAAGUGGAUCAAAAUGAAGAAGAAAAUAUAGAUAUUCUUCCAUCCUCUGAACAACAGCCUCAGCAGAACCAGAAACGCAUCACAACUGAAUACAUGACAAAGUUUGAACGUGCUAGAGUGUUGGGUACACGAGCACUACAGAUUGCGAUGUGUGCUCCAGUUAUGGUGGAAUUGGAAGGUGAAACUGAUCCACUACAAAUUGCAACAAAAGAGCUGAAGUUAAGAAAAAUUCCUAUUAUUGUCAGACGUUAUUUGCCUGAUGGAAGCUACGAAGACUGGGGUAUUGAUGAACUUACUAUUAAUGACUGAGUUUAAAAAAAUGUCUGAUCAUUAUUUAACCAUGGGUAUAAUGUAAUUCCACAUUAGAAAUAUAAACUUUGAUAAGAGGAUAUUAAAAAGAGACCAUGUUAUUAUCAAAGCACAUCCAUACACCUUUGAAAUAUUUAGGCCAGGAGUUUUGUAUUUAUAGUAUUUUAUUUUAAACUCUAAAGCAACUUGGCUUACACAAAAUAAAGUUCUUUUUAAUUCUGUA